CCGUGCACAUGAUGGUACGAUCCCAUUUUAACAUGGCGGCUCCCCUGUAUCUGCUUUGUCGAAUCCCAACCACGAUUCUCUUAAAUAAACGUGUCUUUCCCGACUUUCACCCCCAAAGUCUCAGAUGUUGACGGCACGUCUGUUAGUUAUGUAGAUGUACUGCAAACGAGGACACGCCUUAUAUGUGAUCGUCUAAAAAGAUUUCACGGCAUGAUGUCGCUUAUGCCACAAGUAUGGUAAAAACAGAGGACCUAUCGUCUAUGGCGGACAGUUGGAGAGACGUGUUUGAGAAGGGACGUUUGAUUCCCCCGUCCGGGCAGAUGGUGCGCCAGGCUGUGGACGGCCACCUGACUUCAUCCCGCGGCGUCCAACUCACCCUCUGUCGGGUCACAGCGGCGCAUCUCCCCAAGGCGACCCCAGACGCUGAACCAGAUGCCACCUACCAGCUGCGAGUGACAUUCUUUGACAGAAAUCACCAGUAUUUCUUUGGGAGAACAUGGAAGAGCAGCCCGCAGAAGAUGAAAAACAACAAGAUGACCCUCAAUGAGAUCCUGUACUUCCAUACAUCUCUGCGGUUGCCCAGCAACGUGUUGGUUUUGGAGCUGGUGGCAUUGUCAGCAAGGUCAGAUGGUUCGCAACAGGCCGUGGGUCAAGGCUUCACCGUUUUGGAUCUUUUCCUCAACAAGACAGAGCCUCAAGGGGACAGAAGACUGAAUCUACUUCAUGGGUCACCAAGAGUUCUUCUGCACCCACUGCUGAAGGAUGUCGUUGACUACGGCGAUCACCUGAAAGCUAUUGACGAAACACAUUUGGAAUGUGUGCUCAAAGGACACCCUGCACUGGCUUCCAUGAUGCACCUCCUUCCAGAGAAUGUCCUCGUGUCAGGCAAUGAAACCAUUCCUGGUCUUGCAGCUUCUCCGACAGGGGAUGCACUUUUGAAACCUCUGCUGCUCAAGAUGCUGCCCUUCACAUUGAGCAGACUGACAAUCUGCCUCCAGCCGUCCCUCGAGGCCUUCGACAGUCAGCUGCUGCAGCUCAUCAAUGCCGACUGCCAGAACACGCAACAGCCAAGCCAAGAGAGCUCCCUGAAGACGGUUGUCAUCCAGGAAAGAAGGCUUCAUGUAGGGGUCCACAAUGGCUGGUGUUUCAUUGAUACACCGCAGAUAAUGGUGCUCGAGCCCCUAUCAGGGGUCAAAGGGCGAGUGGACAGCUCAGCGUCAUCAUCGGGACCCCAGACUCUAGGCCUCCGCAGCAACUUGGAGCUCAGGCUGAUCAAUCACCAAGCCAUAGCGGUUAUCUUCCAGCUGGAGUACGUCUUCUCUGCUCCAAUUGGCCGAGAGACAAUGCUGUCUGCCACAUCAGCAUCCCGGGCAGCCUUCCUGCAGUGCCUCCGUUGGGCAAUGUUGUGCCCAUUCCAGGAGCAGACAAACUGGAAGGGGGAAGAGACGCAGCUGGUUCUGCAAGGGGAUUCAAAGCCAAACCCUCUCAGUGUCAUGGUCUACAACUCAGCCGUAACUCAGAGCGCCGCGCCAAUCUCCACCUCUGACACAAUUCAGGAUGUGAUCAAAUUUCGGCUGUCCCCCAGUUCGGACAGAACGACAUCAAGUCCAAAGACAUCUCUGAGAACAAAGCUGGACGAUGCAUCACGAAAGGGACGAUCAUCCGCAUCACCCACUCAAAGUCAAAAUGACAUCCAAGCAGUUCCGUCUCCGGAAUCACCACGGGGCCCUAAGCUAUCACUGUCUCAACUGACAGCUACCUCACGCUCCCCGACCGUCAGCCAUUCCAGCCCGGGGUUGCCGUGGCAACAGUCGCUUCCUUCCCUUCUCCAGCCUUCUCCGACGACGCCGGCCCGCUGGCCGUCACAUGUUGCGAGAUCUCCUUCCCCGAGCGUUCACAGACAUGCGCAAAAUACACAUACGGAGGCCUGCUCAGCUCUCAGCAGCACUACACACCUUGAGAUGGACCUUCAGCCAGUAAGGGAUGGGACGCAUUCAGCUAAACACGAGGAAGACCAACUUCGGGAGCUCCCGUUCACUCUUGUUCAUGCCCCUGUCAUUACAGCGGGUGUGACUGCACCAAGUUUGUCCACAGUCAGUUCCAGGAGUUCACUGGCCCACCUCUACUCUGCUGGCUUCCCCGAUAUUGUGGAUUCGAAAGGGCAGGUGGCAGAAGUCUUGGACCCCACAGAGCCGGUGCCCUUUGAGCCACACCGUGAAGAAAUGGAUCCACUGCAGGAGAAUCUUCUGGUCUUCCAGUUUCUUGCAUUUACAAGAAUGCCAAUGGUGGGGAUUGGUCCCAAAUGGCCUGCCAACAUCUACUUCACCUUCCAGUUCUACCGUUUUCCACCAGUCACGUCACAGCAGCUUCGACUACAGAACAGCGACAAGGUGCAGCAGAAAACAAGCGAGCUGCUUCCUUGUGUCCUGACUUCCAUCAACAAUGACGGCUCUGUCAACUCUGAUUCUCCUGGGCUGCAGGUGCAGUUCAGAGUCGAUGACCGUUUUCUAAAGCCAGGGGAGAAGCAGUGGUUCCUGCGCUACCUGGCCCUUCACACCAUGCAUGUUGACGUCUGGGACAGUGACUCAUUGCUGCUCAUCGGUUCAACAGCCAUUGAGCUCAAGCACAUGUUGCGGCACGGUAAAAUGGCAGUGCAAGCACUCCAUGAGGUGGAGGUUCUGACAACCGACCAUAUGGGAGAGGAAAGCUUGCAGAUGGGCGACGCCUCCAACAACGCCAUGGCGGUCAACACCGUCGUCAGGGGUCGGCUGCAUGUCCGCACUGGGAACAUUGGGUCCCAAGCAGAUCUGAGUAGGAGAAGGACGGUGGACCGCAUGCAGUCUCAUUCUUACAUCAUCAUCCCCCGUGAAGUCACUGGCAGCUUCGCGGGGGGGAGCUUGUCCACCAGGAAUAUUCUCCAAUUUAAUGCGAAGAACACCGCACAGGCGCAGAGACUGCAGGUACAAGAGAAACACGGGCUGGCGUACAGCGCUAGGCUCAACAAUGCCACCAUCUUGUCAGGGGGAAAAAACAAGCCCGACAGUGGCCAUCGCAAGCUGGAGUGUAUGGCCGCCGUGCACCAAAAGGAAGCUUGUCAAACGACUCGUGUCACGGAUGGGGCUAACGAAGUUCCUUUGACCAAAGAACUUUCGCGGGCCCCCUUCUUUCAAGAUCUGAACAAGGCUGAGGGCAUCAGCAACAUGCUUUGCCACGCCAUCACCACCCCUCAUCAACUCUUUGCCAGCCUCGGCUCUGCUGAGUACAUGGAAUUUGCGCUAAAAAACCCUUUCAACACUCCUCAGACAGUCACCAUCCACAGCAAUGAUCCUGAGCUCAGUGUCAUCACCAACACAAAAGAGUGGCAGUACUUUAAAGAACUGACCAAAACACCCACUUCGUUGGAGGAGGACAUGUUUCACGUGGAGGAAGGAGCUCCAGGGCCAAAGGUUUACCUCCGACCGAAGGAGACCGUUCAUAUCCCGCUCAAAUACCAGAGCUUCCUGUGUGACCACAACAUGACUCCUCAGGGGCCGAGCUUUCUACCUCCAAGCAAAAGUUCGAAUGCGGCUAAGAAGAUUCCGUCCAAUAUCGUUGCUGCCAAAACCGUCAAGGUUUCUUUCAAAGCAGAAAACGGUGACCCCAUCGCCAUCUGCCAGGUGAUCGUGGAGCCAUCGCCUCACAUUGUCGAUCAGACGUUCCGACUUUACCACCCACAACUCAGUUUCCUCAAGAAGGCCAUCCGCUUGCCGCCCUGGCACACCCUCUCUGCCGUCGGAGGCACGGAUGCCGAGACUCACAUUUCUGUACGCUGCAGUGACCCAAACGUCAUCUGUCAGACCCGAAUGAUGGUGCCAGGAGAGCCUCAGGAUGUGUACUUGAAAGUACCCGGAGGUCCGAGUCCCAACAUCAAAAUGUUCUUUGUGAUGGUUUUCACUGAUAAGUGGAUGGCCGCCCCUUCGCAGAUCUGGCAGGUUUACGUGCACUUUGUGGAGCGGGUGGAUGUCAGCUGUGUCACCGGCCAGCGGAGUUGUCAAUCACUGGUGCUGAGGGGGAGGCAGGCUGCUCGCAAGGUCAAAUGUUUCUCAUCACAUCCGCAGGAGAUUGAGGUCAACCCUGGAGGUGUUUUCCUGUUGCCCCCCGCAGGAGUGCAAGAGCUCCAACUGAAGGUGCAGCCAUGGCGGGCAGGCAGUCGCUUCCUGUACGUGAACGCGGUGGACGUGGACCAGAGGCAGUUAGUCACCGCUUGGCUACUGUGUCUCAACGUAAACAGGCCUGUGCUGUCCAAGGCAUUUGAAGUAUGUGUCCCAGUUAGCAGUGGUCGUGGCAGCUCCAAAAAAAUCACCUACACCAACCCUUACACCAGCGGCCGCACUUUCCUGCUCCAUUCCGACCAUCCGGAUUUGCUCCAAUUCAAGGAGGAUAAAUUCCAGGUGAGCUUGAUGGGGGAGAAAGUUACACCAUCGGACUGCGCUUCGCCCCCAGCCAGAGUGCGGGUUCAGUGGAGAUCCUGGUCUACGUGAACAACCUGGAGGAGAAGACGGAGGAGACGUUCUGCGUGAAGGUCAACUACUCAUGAAUCCGUGGCUGUCAAAUGCGCGCUUUUGUUUUUCUACAAAAAUAUCUCCUUUUGUACUCGCUGUAUGAGCCUUUUGUUUUCUAUUGUGUAUUUGUGAGACUUGGCCUAUUAGUUGCUGUCUGAAUGGACAAGAGGAGGCUUUAUUUUUGUGCUAUUUUAACGAGCCUUCCCGAAAUAAAUCAAACGCUGACCAACACAACUUAAUCAUCUCAGCCGUUACUCUCUUUGUCCCCGGCUUAGCAUUUUUUCCCUCCUUUGAGGUGUCCAGCCAAUAUUACAUGACAGUUCAUCCCCGACCAUCAGGAAGGGCACUGAGGGUGAAAGCAAUAACAUUUUAUGAACUUUAAUUACCCAGCAAACACUCUUCAAUGCCACUUUAUAGUCAGGUUUUAAUCUAGCACAAGCCAGGGGUCCGCGUCCCCCUCACCUUCCAAACAAUUUAUCCUCAUCGCGCCAUUAUUAGAUGCGCCGCCAUAAUGGGGGUAUGAUGUUUUUAAGCGAGGAGCACCCUUCCCUCUUGCUGCGUCUCGCGCAGAGAGAACGGCGUGCACAUUGUGUUACAUAACGGGCCCGUUACGCAAUCCCCUCCGCCCCCCUCCUGUCUCGUUUUCUCCCUCAUUAGAAUGCAGGCGGCAAACUAAGCUUUGAGCGCGGCAGCGAAAGCUAAUAAAAUGAAGAUAACAGCCCAGUCGGGUACACUUCAUCUUUACCUUCUCUAAUAUGUGGUCCGAAGCGAAAUGCUCAUUUUCAGAUCUUGACACGGUGCUUCCACACAGUAUCAAAUUUUUAUGAGCAGAGAGUACCGGAGGUCUAUGAAAGGGGGUACAAUGUUGAGCAUAAAUCAUUCAUUUUAUUCCACACAUAAAUAGUGAUACUUAUCUCAAAUGAUAUGUGUUGAAGUCAAUCAGUCGAAGUCCAAAUGUAGGUUAAAACAAAACAGGACGAGAAUAAAGAAAAUGCUGAGGAUCGGCAAGACCCAAGACUGGGUAGAAUGCCUCCACACUUUGCAUCCGAGCGACUGUUUACAGGCUCGGGUAGGUUGAUUGUGAUUGCGUAGGAUCAUCGAAUUGGGGUGAGGCCCACAUUUGUUUUAUGCCGAGGAUGCACCCGGAGAUUUACGGAGACCCCCCCCCCCCAUCCAUGAAAAGUGGAGGAGGAAAUCAUUUCUUACCAUGAAACAUGACACAGAUUGUUGACAUGCAUGGACCCAUUUGACUUACAGCUUACGGUUCUCCAAUUGGGGGUGUGCGUACACCCGGGGCGACGUGAAAGCACUUCGGGGAGUGUGUGACAUUUUGAAAUCUAUUUUAAAGCAUUCAUGCAAAAAAAAAAAAAAAAAAAAAAGCUUGAUUGCAGCAGUUGCAUCACUGCCAACAAGAAUGACAAAGAUCCUCGUGAGGCACAAGCCCAAAGUGUCUCACAGAAACGUGUCACAAAAAGCAAAAACAGUCAGGGCCAAAAAAAGAAC